UCAUCAUUAGAUUUACAUUUAAUAAAAAAAUUACCACAUAAUAGAUAUACGUAGGUAAAUUAUCUAUCAAUCAAUCAAUCCAACCACACAAAAUACCUAAUGCAUCAACAAUAUGAAUACAGACGACUUUAUAAUUGACUAAUUAAAUGCACCGCAAAUCAUGCUAACCUGCCGCUAACCUGUCAGCCAUAAUGACCAUACAUCCUGCGCACUCCCAAUUUAAAAUCUCGGAUGCAACAGUUCAGGUUACUACCGUCAGAGAUGGUGACAAUGAUAAUACUUUUCAUGCUGCCGGUCUUAAUAUCCUGUUCAAGCGAUGGAAAUAUUCAUUUGUUGGAAGAAGACAUUGCGAUUGCCUUACGAAAUUGUCACGUAAAUGAUAAGACGGACGAAAAUGCGCGUCAACGUCGGACCAGCGAUACAUUUAACGAUCCAUCCCCACGUAUUGACGCUAACAGCAAGCAAGAGAUGAACCAAUACAACCACGAACGACGUAACACCAAUAGUAGUAAGAUGCAUGUUUUAAAUGGGUCCAAUAAUGAUUACUCUGACUACGGAGCUGGAGAUGGUGGAGAGAAGUUCGUCAAUACAAUACCUCGUCCGGCCCUUGGAAGUACUAAUACUUACCCAGCUAGUACCUACGCAAAUUCUGCAAGGAUUAAAAGAAACGAACCGCUUAUUAGUAAGGAUGAUAAUGAACAGUGCCUCAGCCAAUGUGUAUUCGCCAACUUACAAGUGGUGGAUUCGAAGGGUAUCCCCCGAGAAGCGGAACUGUGGAACAAGGUACAAUCAUCGGUGACAUCGCAGCAGUCGCGAACCGUGUUGAAGGACCAGAUUCACGCUUGUUUUCAGGAACUACAAUCUGAGUCUGAAGACAAUGGCUGCUAUUACUCAAACAAAUUAGAAAGAUGUCUCAUGUUCCGAUUUUCCGAUAGAAAAAUUAAUGGGACCCAAAAUACGAGUACCUGAUAUCUAUGUUUGAAAAAUGAUUCUGUAUCUUUGGCGGUUUAAAAAUUAUAUCUGAAACGUUUUCUCAUAAAACAAAAUGUUUAGGUAUACCUACUUAUUUAUUUUGUCUUAGCUUAGAUAUUUGUAGUAGGAACAAAGCAACACAGAAUAAAGUCUGUAAUAUAAUUA